UGCUAUGGGUUAACACAGUGCCUGCCUCCUGCAUGUUGGCUAUGCCAGCUUCUUGGCCACAAAAUGGGACUGGGGGCAGGAAGACAGAUACACAAGGGAGCUAGAUUGCCUGGAGGUGGGUAGGCAAUCUCUGUAGUGCAGUCUGAGUUCCAGGCUCCCUUCUUUGUGACUGAGGUAAGGAGCAACCCACUUCUGUUGUCUCCUCUCCCAGCCCCAUGCCCCCAAAUACCUAGUUAAGUUCUCUGGAGCCUUCAACAUGAUGUGACCUACACACGAGGGAAGGGUUAUCAGGACUUGGGGCAGGUAGCCCCUAGAGCAAGGUUCCCAGAUCUAGGCCCUUCCUUUGCCUCUGCUCCUGAUCAAGCCUCUGCCUACCUUCCUUCUCAGAGUACAUCAUGGUAAGCAUGGCUGCUGUCAUCACUUGGGCCCUGGCCCUCCUCUCAGUGUUGGCAACCACUCAGGCGCGGAAGGGCUUCUGGGACUACUUCAGCCAGAGCAGCGGGGACAAAGGCAUGAUGGGUCAGCAGCAGAAGCUGGCACAGGAGAGCAUGAAAAAUAGCUUCGAGCAAGACCUCUACAAUAUGAACAAUUUCCUAGAAAAGCUAAGCCCCUCGAGUGGUCCAGGAAAAGAGCCUCCCCAGCUGGCACAGGAUCCAGAAGGCAUGAGGAAGCAGCUGCAGCACGAGCUGGAGGAGGUGAGAGCUCGCCUGGAGCCCUACAUGGCUGCAAAGCACGAGCUGGUAGGCUGGAACUUGGAGGGCUUGAGGCAGCAGCUGAAGCCCUACACGGUGGAGCUGAUGGAGCAGGUGGGCCUGAGUGUGCAGGAACUGCAAGAGCAGUUGCGUCUGGUGGGAGAAGACACCAAGGCCCAGCUGCUGGGGGGCAUGGACGAGGCGCUGAGCUUGCUGCAGGAAAUGCAAAGACGAGUGAAGCACCACACAGACCAGGUCAAAAAACUCUUCCACCCUUACGCAGAGCGCUUGGUGACUGGCAUUGGGCACCAUGUGCAGGAGCUGCACCGCAGUGUUGCUCCUCACGCGGCCGCCAGCCCCGCGCGACUCAGUCGCUGUGUGCAGACCCUGUCCCACAAACUCACACUUAAGGCAAAGGACCUGCACACCAGCAUCCAGCGCAACCUGGACCAGCUGCGCGAGGGGCUCAGCGCUUUCGUCGGUGCCAGGGUAGAUGGGGAAGAAGAUGGAGCCUCCCCAGACCCCCAGGCUCUCUCUGAGGAGGUUCGCCAGAGACUUCAGGCUUUUCGUCACGACACCUUCAUACAGAUCGCUGCAUUCACCCGCGCCAUUGACCAGGAGACAGAAGAAGUCCAGCAGCAGUUAGCACCACCCCCGCCUGGCCACAGCGCCUUUGCUCCUGAGUUGGGACACUCAGACAGUAACAAGGCCCUGAACAGACUGCAGAGCCGAUUGGAUGAUCUGUGGGAAGAUAUUAGCUAUAGCCUUCAUGACCAGGGCCAUAGCCAGAUGGGAGAGCCCUGAGGGUCUACUCACUCAGGUUCACUCCCCAGCUCAUUGUCUGGGGAUCCCUGAACCCUGAGCCUCUAGCAAGGCCUAUUGGGCAGAGGGUGGAGGGUCCUACACUGUAUAGGUGAGGCCACCAAAUGGUGCUGCCCUAACCUAGCCAGCCUCCUCAACUCCCCCACUCAGGUGCAUUACACUCACCAGGUUUUGCAAACCCAGCUUCUGGUGCUCAUUUGGGAAUCCUCACAAGUUGCAGCAUUGGGGGUGAAGGGAGUGGGGAGACUGUGCGUGUGGGAGACUGUCUGCAAGCCAGUACAUGACAGUGCUGGAAGCCUGUGCCACUACAACCUGGAGUUUGGCUGCCAGACGGUCACUGUUACAGCUGGUCCACAGAGAGGAGCUCUUGUCUCCCCAGGGCUGCCGUGAGAGCUUUUGUCGAAGCAGAGCAGGAGAAUGUGAUGGAGAGAGUAUAUCACGGUGUGUGUAGAUCCUCACCAGCGUUGUUGCUGGUGGGUCAGUGAUGCGAUGGGACAGAGCCCCUAUUUUCUUAGACAACUCUGCACCCACACAGGAAACUGAGCCCUCAGCACUAAGGGCUUCUAAAACCCUGCAGGGGGGCAUACUGUGUGCCCUCCCCAUCUUCAGUGCCCACAUCCUGACUCUCAGGGUGAAACUGACUUUUGGUUCAAAUGAAAUAGAUGCUCAUGAUGGAA